GUUAUGUGAACAACACCGUAUUAGCGUAUCCCGAAAGAAUCGAGAUAUCUAAAUUUAAUCCUCAAGGCGGGAUGUUCUAUUCGGAGUUAGUCGGAUCCGGCGAGGUCGAAUGGCAUUUCUACAACGCACCGGAUGCACAAGGAAAAUUGAACUUGGCGAACCGGGGAAACGUUUCUCUAUCAGGUUUCGGUGAUGGCGCAUACCGACGUCCUUUCCAUACUAUAGACGGUGGAUAUGGGAUCAUUAUGGCCGACAUCAACAAUUCCAUGCAAUUGGAGAGUUCGAGUUGGGUGUUAAACAUUGCAGAUGCCGCCUAUACAUACAUGGAGCCGCUUUUUUCGGGUGGCAAGUAUUCUUCACACUCAAUCAUCGGUCAACGCUUGAAUGCACCAGAGGACAGUUCGAGUGUGGUCAACGGAUAUCUGUUUGAUGGUCAAGGCCAAAAUGUGACGUGGGGUCUACCAAGUCUUAACGCGGAAUCGACCGCACAAAUAUACGGGGUUUUCCAAAAUAAUACGGCUGUUGUGGCGGUGAGAGAUUACGCCACCUCUUCGGCAUGGGAUUUAAUUUCCAUAGAAUUGUCGAAUUUCGCCAACGAAGACCACGGCUAUAAUAAUCCAAAUGUCUUGAGCACGUCCCCGUCAAUCAACGGAACGAUCAGUGUCGGAACAAACCUCAUUUCUAUACAGUUCGACAUUCCCAUAUUACCUUCGGUGAACAAC